CAAAUUAGUCCCUGUCUUUGUUUCGCCGUCUGAACCAGGUCCCUGACCGGAAAAAUUUGUGGCAUCAAUCCCUCUUGUUCAAAAAUGUUUGGAGCCAGUCCUCGCCGGAGCUCCGAGCUCCGGCGAGGGAUGAAGUGGCAUGCUGACUGUGUAAAUAAAUGUGACGUGGCACUUAAAAAAAUAAAAAAAUAAUAUAACUUAAUAUAAUAAACACAUAAUUAACCCAAUUAAACUUAAUCUCAUCCUAAGUCUAAACCUAAACCUAAACUAACUAAACAUUCCUAAUUCCCCAGCCAAUUUCCCAAUUCCUCAAUUCAUCAGAAAGUGAAUGAAAUUAGGGUUCAUACCCAUUUCCCCAAUUCCCCAACCAUUACCCAUUUCCUGAAUCGGGUUCCUCUUCUCUUCUCCUUCUUCUGAAUCGCGUUCUCCUCUUCUCUUCUCCUACUUCCUCUUCACACCAGUUCCUCUUCUCUUCUCCCUGAAUCGCGUGCGUUCCUGUUGUCUUGAGCCUUGAAGAAUGAAUUCUUCAUCCGCUUCGUCCUCCCGUUCCAGGACAAUGUCUGCAGGUGGAAAGGCCAGGUGUCAAUGUGGUCUCACUCUCAUCAUCUACACAGCUGGUACUCGAGAAAACCCAGAUAGGAGAUUUUUGAGGUGCAGAAGAUGGCAAUUUCCAGAUUCUUGUGGUUUCUUUUUCUGGAUUGAUGAACCACUUAUGGGAAGAAAUGCAGCUCAGGGAAGGCAUGCUCAAGUUGAAAGUGAUGCAAUGAGUUUAAAUUCUGAGAUUGGUAAUGGUCCUGUCACCUCUGUGCAUGUUCUUCCUGAUUUGAAUAAAAAGAUUAACAAACUCAAGAAGAAGCUUGAAGUUGAGAGAUUCCAGAAGAAGAUUGCAUGCUUGUUCACUGUCCUUGCAAUGAUGGUAGCAGUGUGGAGUUUAUGUAUUAGAAAGGGUUGAAAAGUUUAGUUGAGGGAUGGUAGUAUGGAGUAUGUAGGCUAAGGAAGUAUGGAGUAUGCCUGUAUCUUGUGUAUGGAAGUAUGUAGGCUAAUGAAGUAUUUUGUAUAUCUAUCAUGUACUUAUUGCAAGGAUUCCCUGAAGUUAAUGAAAAGAAGAA